GGGUCAACGCCCUCUGCCAGCUUAGCCUCUGGUUCAAGUUAAGUCAGACGAGGAGAGACUCACUUGUUUGAGCAACACUUUUGUGUAUAAAAAGACAAUGCGUGCUUGCUAGGUUCAGGAAGCUUGUAGUUUAAAAGUAUAACGAAGGAAUAGCUUGGGGUUCAAAGAUAUAUACUGACAUCAAUGGACCCUUGUCAAAUGCAGACACAUUUACGAAAGAUGAGUUUUGGAGGAGGAAACCAGUGUGGACGUUGUAAGGACACUGUUUACUUUGCAGAGGAGAUACUGUGUCACGGUCAGAGAUUCCACAAGUCCUGCUUCCUGUGCAUGGUGUGUGCAAAGCGCUUAGACAGCACCAUUGUUGCUGUUCAUCAGGAAGAAAUCUACUGCAAGGCAUGUUACCGCAAGAAGUACGGACCAAAGGGAUACGGUUAUGGCGUUGGAGCAGGAACCCUCAACAUGGACAAGGGAGAGGGUCAGGGUAUCACCCAUGAAGAACCUGGUCCUCAUCGUCCAACAACCAACCCGAAUCCGUCGAAGAUGGCUCAGAAAUUUGGAGGGUCUGAGAAGUGCCCUCGCUGUGGUAAGGCUGUCUACGCAGCUGAGAAAGUGAUCGGGGCUGGCAGUUCGUGGCACAAGACUGGUUGUUUCCGCUGUGCCUCGUGUGGGAAGGGCCUUGAGUCAACCACACUUGCUGACAAGGACGGAGAAAUCUACUGCAAAGGGUGCUACGCCAAGAACUUUGGUCCAAAAGGAUACGGCUAUGGAUCUGGGGCAGGAGUCCUGUCACUCACUCAGUAGACAGCCAAGACUGAAUAUAUAAUUUGAAUAAUGUUUGAAUCUAUUCAUUGCUCAACGCUAAUAAAGUAUAUAAUACAAGUGUAUCAGGUACCCCUUUUAAAAAAAAUAAAAAUCGCAAAUGCA